AUGUGCCGGAAACUUAUUUUCGUAGGCCAUUGCAGCGAGUGUCAAGAGAAGAAGGAGCCGUGGGAUGAUCUCACACAGGAGCUAUCUUGCCUUCAAGCUAAGAACGCAGGCAGAUUCGGUGCAUGUGAGCGUGGCGUGUACACAGAGGACCAUCCCUUCAUCGGUGUGUGUGACGAAUGUGACGGAAAGGAUGAGGGAGUUGGUAUAUUGGAGGUCGAUGACAAUAUCUUUGAUACAGCAGCACCCGAUAUCAAUUUCCUGCUCAAUCCCCAUGGCGCUACCGAACGCGCCGAGAAGCCACAAGACGACAAGCAGGGCAACAAGAGAGGGGCGCCGGAGGCGGACUACACAGACGACGAGGAUCAAGAUGAUGGAACGGACAGUGCAGAAGUUGCUCAGAAAAAGAAGCAAAAGACAUAA